UUAGAAAGCGCUAGUAUAAAUACAGCGAGAUGGAAGGACUGCAUAUUUUGUUUCUCUUUUCAUCCAAACUACUACACGCCAGAAUUUCUGAGAAAUUUACUUCGAAAUUACACAAGAGAAAAACAAUUAUAAAUCAAAAUAACAGGACAUUAAAUCUUUGGACGUAUCUGAUUUCUAUAUAUUUGAAGUCCAAUUUGAAAAAUGGAUUCUCAAUUUGGAAUUGUUUAUUCAUCAAAAAAACUAGCAAUUUACAAUCUCUCAGAACAUAACGCCUGCAAAUUUGAAGACAGCGAAGAAGCCUUGCACACCGAUGACGUGAAACUUUACGGAGAAAUGUUUCUAAAGAGCUUUGCGUCGAUGAUAAUUUCUCUUUUGCUGUGCGUGUACUACAAGCGUACAUUCGGAGACGCCCGCAGAGGUUCGCCAGUUCCAAGCUCACUCAAAAUACUCGCUAGCGAUGUUUCGGAGUUUGACAGCGACGAUAUCUUGAAAUUCCUUGCGAACUCAAUCGUUCUGGGACUCCUCUUUAACAGCAGUGACUGGUUUCUGCAUAACUCGAACACUGUAGCUGCCUACAUAGCUCUAUCUCAACUGAUACGAGUGAAAAGACUUCACAUUCUCCGUUCAGUUCGGACUGUGUUCGGUCCCGCAUUCGGGAUCUGCCAACUGGCUAGUCUAGUCGACUCUAACUACACUUCGGUCAUAGCCUGGAUUCGGCUGCUUCUAGUGCUGGUUGCGUCCACAGUGCUAAGACCAGAUAACAAAUGGACUCUGCAGAAAUUUACAACCCGUCCUGUGAGUGUUCAAAGCAUGAUAUUCGCCCACGGAGCUUGCAUGUUUUCGACUUCGAUGUUGGUCGUCUACAAUUUGAACAGUGGACUCAAAAUUUCUCUACUGGCUGCCUCUAUGUUGAUUGCCUUCUAUGUUAUAACAGCACAGCUUCCCAAAUUUGUACUUCGUAGAAUGUAA